AUGGCGGAGAGCGAUAGGGCGGAGGCGGCCGCGCCGCGCCGAGCCGAGGAGGCGGCCGGCCAGGCGCCACAGCCGUCGCCGCAGCAGCAGCAGCAGCCGCAGCAGCAGCCGGCACCGCAACAACAGACGCCGCAACAGCCGCCGCAGGAUGAGGAGGCGGCGGCGGCGGCGGCGGCCGCGGCACCCGGUAGCGGCGCGGGCAGCGCAAAUGGCGUCAAAAUGGAUAAUGAUGAGACAGCAAAAGAAGGGAAAGCACCUGUGAAAGAGAAAUUCGUUGCAAAAGCGAAGGCAAUCCCUUCUCUUGGAAACAAGAAUAGAUUCCACCCCUAUGCAAAGGAGAAGAACACAGGCUCUGGAGACAAGAAGGCUGUUAAUCGCAAUAGAGUUUUUAUUAGCAACAUCCCGUAUGACAUGAAAUGGCAAGCUAUUAAAGACCUGAUGAGAGAGAAAGUUGGUGAGGUUACAUACGUGGAGCUGUUUAAGGAUGCUGAAGGAAAAUCAAGGGGUUGUGGCGUGGUUGAAUUCAAAGAUGAAGAAUUUGUUAAGAAGGCAUUAGACACUAUGAACAAAUAUGAUCUUAGUGGAAGACCCCUGAAUAUUAAAGAGGAUCCUGAAGGGGAACAUGCUCGUAGGGCACUGCAGCGGGGAGGAGGGCAGUUUCCAGGGGGACACGGACCUGAUGCAGCACCUGGAAUGAUGAAUUUACCACCGUCUAUUCUCAAUAAUCCAAACAUUCCUCCUGAGGUUAUCAGUAAUUUGCAAGCAGGCAGGCUUGGAUCCACGAUUUUUGUUGCCAAUCUUGACUUCAAAGUUGGCUGGAAGAAACUGAAGGAGGUAUUCAGCAUUGCUGGAACUGUGAAGCGUGCAGACAUCAAAGAAGAUAAAGAUGGCAAGAGUCGAGGAAUGGGAACAGUUACCUUUGAACAAGCAAUUGAAGCUGUUCAAGCAAUAUCUAUGUUCAAUGGACAAUUCCUGUUUGAUAGACCCAUGCAUGUAAAAAUGGAUGACAAAUCAGUUCCUCAUGAAGACUUCCGUGUUGUGGACAGCAAAAGCUCCCAAUUACCUCGUGGUCUUGGUGGCAUUGGUAUGGGGCUUGGACCAGGUGGACAGCCCAUCAGUGCAACACAGCUGAGCAUGGGUGGUGGAAUGGGGAGCAUGGGUCCAGGAGGUAUGGGAAUAGACGGCCCAGGAUUUGGUGGAAUGAGUAGAAUGGGAGGCGGACUUCCUGGAUUUCGUGGAAUGGAAGGAAUGCCUAACAUGGGAGGAUUUGGAGUCAACCGAAUGGGAGAAAUGUUCCGUGGUGGAAUGGGAGCAAACAUGGAAAGAGAAUUUGGUCGUGGUGACAUGGCAUUGAACCGUGGUUUUGGAGAGUCUUUUGGAAGGAUGGGUGGUGCAAUGAUUGGUGUUUUUGCAGGAGGAAUGGGAGCACCUAGCAUGGGCCCAGUAAGAUCUGGAAUGAGUGGUGGAAUGGGUGGUAUGAACAAUAUGGCUGGAGGAAUGGGAAUGGAUCGGAUGGGUUCUGGUUUUGAUCGAAUGGGACCAGCCAUGGGUGGAGGCCUGGACAGGAACAUGGACAUCGAUCGAGGAUUUGUGCCUGGCCCAAUGGGAAGUGGCAUGAGAGAGAGAUUAGGCUCUAAAGGCAACCAGAUAUUUGUGAGAAAUCUUCCUUUUGACUUGACCUGGCAGAAGCUAAAGGAGAAAUUCAGUCAAUGUGGUCAUGUAAUGUUUGCAGAAAUAAAAAUGGAGAAUGGAAAAUCAAAGGGCUGUGGAACAGUCAGAUUUGACUCACCAGAAUCUGCUGAAAAGGCCUGUAGGAUAAUGAACGGCAUAAAAAUCAGUGGCAGAGAAAUUGAUGUCCGCUUGGAUCGCAAUGCAUAAUUUAAAACUGUGUGUUCAGGAACAUUCCUAUGUCUGUUUAGCUUCUCUAUCUUAGUAAGUCAUUUUUAGUAACAUUGUAUGCUUACAAAAGCUGUAAAAAGGAACUUUUAAAUCCCACCAGCCUUUAACAGUAUAGUGUUUAAUAUACUGUGAUUCUUGUUAACUGAAUCUUACUAUGUUUGGUUUUUAAAGACAAUUUGCCUGAUUUUUGUUGUUUUUUUAGAGGCACUGAGCACCUGCAGGUCCCUAUAGACUGUGGAUUCUUUGGAUGCUCAGUGCCUUUGGAAAAUUAGGCCAAGUGUCUCUAGUCAUUCAGUUUAAAUGAAUGGUUAUACUGUUUUUAAUAAAAUAAGCCAUUUUCUCUGUUAAUCUCCAGAUUGCAUAGUGGGAUUUAUUUGGUGUUUUCUGAUCUUUUUUUUCCCCUCCAGUGUGUAUCAACAUUGUAAUGUAAAAAGUAGAUGUCUUUUUCAGAAUUUUGGUUUUAUAUGUGCGUUGUAGUCAUACUGUAAUUCUUGACUCUAAAAGAAAGGGCUCCAAUUAGGCUGUGAUGUUUUUGUUCUACCUAAUAUUACUUUAAUGACAUGACUUAGUUCUGUAUAUAAGAUUUAGAGCCCAAUGGGAGUUUGGAGUUAGUUUUUUUAAUUUUAUUUUGACUAAAUGAAGAAACUGAUUGUUUUCUCCUGCUUUUAUUUUUUUCAUCAGCAUAAUCACUGAUUAAAACUAGUUACCACAGACCCUUGUAGGAUUGUUUCCUAUGAUGCCAAGUUCAUAUAAAAUUGAUAAUACAGUAAAUACUAAGUACAGGACAAGACAAAUUGUUCCCAAUUUUUUAUCUAUUUUCCAGCCAUUCAGGUGAACUGCCAGAAAAAUAAAACCAACAGAACAGAUAAGAGAAAUGGCUGUGUAUAUCAGACCAUUGCUGUUCACUUCUAGGGGUCCUGAUGUAUUUAUGAAGGCAGUUUUUAUAAACCAGGGUAUUCCCAAACAGAGCAUAUCAAACACAUUGGAUCCUACAAUGUUAGACAUAGCCAUAUCUCCAUUUCCUGUAAAAGAAGAAGUACAAAUAAGUUGGCUUAGUUGUAUUGCAUGAAAUUGCCAAACUGUUUUGGAGGAACAGACUGCCAGCCCUCAGUUUCUCACAGAGCCCUUUUCAGAUUUGUCGUCAGAAGAACUAUAGUCACGAUUCUACAGAACAUGGGUACCACAACCAUAGAAAGUCUCCCUAAAUCACCAGCAUCUGCACAGUUGCACUUAAAAUUAAGCUAGAUAGGCUAUUAUAAAGUCCAGUUAUGUUUAAAAUACCAAGACCUACAGUUGUGUUCUGCAGUAAAACUGUAAUAUUUAAUCAACAACAACUAAACCAAUCUAGAAUACUUCUCUGAGAUACUCUUGAGAAGUUUUUAAAUGUCUGAGCCACAGCUUUUUCAGGUAAGCUAUUUAUUUAUUUUUAGUAAACAUAAGCUCUAAAAUCUGGAGCACAAAUUUUGAAGUUACUCCUUGAAUUUAUCAAAAUGUUGACUGGAAUUCUUUCUUUUUCUAGUACCUUUUAAACACAUCCAUUGGCAUGAGCCUAAAUACUAAAAUCUUUACCUUUUCGAGCAACCAGCACACUUGCAACUGUAUCUGGUAUACUUGUUCCUGCUGCGAGUAAUGUGAGACCCAUUACUGACUCUGGGAUUCCCAGCGUUUCACCUGCAGUUGAGAAAUAAUGGUAGGAAAUCCAAGUGUGGUUUUAGUUAGAGUUCAUCCAAAGAAAGUGCUUUGGACUUUGUUUGCUAGAGAAAGAAUCAGUAA